UGUGGCACAUCCUCAGCAGGACUGCUCUGCUCGGGGAGCCCCAGGGACGAGGGCGGGGCUGCGGAGCCUGUGCCCCGCCCCCAAGCAUCUGGGAAGAGGAAGCACAAAAAGGGAGAACCGGCCACAGUCACUGUACUCGUUUCGCAUCUCGCUCUCAGGACUGAAGGCAGCCGCAGGCGGAAGACCACCACAGAAGGGGAGCUUUCGGCCGCAGCCUAACAACACUGAGGGUCUGGCAGUGGCCCCCAUGGGGUCUGUGAACUCCCGAGGUCACAAGGCGGAAGCCCAGGUGGUGAUGAUAGGCCUGGACUUGGCCGGCAAGACCACGCUCCUGUACAAACUGAAGGGCCACCAGCUGGUGGAGACCCUGCCCACCGUGGGUUUCAACGUGGAGCCUCUAGAAGUCCCUGGGCACACGUCUCUGACCCUCUGGGAUGUCGGGGGGCAGAGCCAGCUCAGGGCCAGCUGGAAGGACUACCUGGAGGGCACGGACGUCCUCAUGUACGUGCUGGACAGCACAGACGAAGCCCGCUUGCCCGAGGCAGUGGCUGAGCUCACCGAGGCCCUGGACGACCCCCACCUGGCCAGCGUGCCCCUCCUGGUGCUGGCCAACAAGCAGGAGGCACCCCACGCCCUGCCGCUGCCUGAGAUCAGAGACAGGCUGGGCUUGCACAGGUUACAGGGGCGCCGCUGGGAGCUGCAGGGCUGCAGCGCCCUCACCAGAGAGGGGCUGCCCGAGGCCCUGGAGAGCCUGAGGCGCCUCCUGAAAUCCCGCCACCACUGUAACUCCAGGUCAGCACAGGAGGCAGGCUGUGGCGAGAGCCGGAAGCCUUGACCCAGGCAGAGCAGCCUGUCUUCUUCGCUCAUGUGGAUCGGAAGACCAGCUAAUCCUGGAGAAUCUCAAAUUCAGUUUAUCAAACAAGGAAUCCCCCUGCGCUCGGACAGCAUAUUUUCCUCUUGGGACUUAUUGUCACCGGUGUUUGUGUUGAAAAAUCAACUAUCCUUUGAAUAAUGAUACUCUGAGGGAAAAAACAUACCUUAGCAUACUUCGUUUAGUAACUCAUUACCACGUGUGAACUAAGCAAUUGUAAUAACAGAAAAAGUGGUUGCAGAAUAAUUAAGACCUAAAUUCACAGAGGGAAAGAGGUUUCAAAAUCAAAUCAGAGUAUCACCUGGACAUGGGCAUGAUCUUAUUUAUGAGUGAUUUUCCCCGGUAGCCCCUGGGUAUGUGCCACCACCACUCUGAGGGCAAGGAGUCAGGGCCAGCAGGAUGGAGUCUGCUUCUGCAGGAUCUUGGGUUUAGAAGUUCAAUGGGGUGCUCAGCCCUGGGCAGAGGCCAGGAGUUCAGGCCUUCCAAAAUUGAUCCUCUUCUUUGACCCUGAUUAACCCUUCUCCAACUUUUUGUUAUCCUGUACUGGUCUUUUUCUAAAACCCUUCAUUGUUUUCUUUCUGUUUUCCUUCUCUUUCUCUCUCCUUCAAGCACAUAGGUUUCCUUGACGAUCAGAUUAAUCAAUGAUUUCAUUCAUUUUUUUAUUCACUUAAUCAAAAAAUAUGCCUAGUAUUGAAUUUGUGGCAAAAGGCAAUGAGCUUUAGAUAUGAAGCUGGACCUCCAGAUGGCAGGUGUGAAUUUUGAAGAUAUGUAUAACAGCAAUGAACCUCUCACUAUUAAUAGUGAAAGAGAAAAGUCGAAGCGUUUUCAGGUGACGUUACCUAAGAUCCAUGAAGCUCCUGAAAUUAUUUGCAAAAUGUUAUGCUUUGGGCCAUUUUUCUAGGGAAGAAGAUCCAUAACUUUUGUCAGAUUUUCAAAGGUACCUGUGACUCCCUAAGAAUCACUGAUCUGGUCUUAUACCUCAUUCAACCCAGGAUACUUUCUAUACUUUUUAAUGGCAAGUAACUUCCAUUUGGUACCUAUUCUCGUGUUAAACAACUCUAAAUUUUGGAUAUUCCUUCCCAUCCUGGGCUACCAUCAGCCUCCUUAGAACUCCUGAUGGUGGUUCUGCCCUCUCUGAAGUGACACAAUCACUCCAACAUCUGAGAGGUCCCUCUACCCAAAGUCUCCCCUUCUAACAUCAAGUUAGGUGUGCCUAGUUCUUUCCACCACAUGUCAAUCAAUGUGUUUCAAGACUUCCUAUGUUAGACACAGAAAAGGGCAAAGAUGCAAAGACAAAGGAGACUCCAGCCUCAUGGUCCUCUAGAUGGGGAAGCAGGAGGACAUGACUCCCAUAAAAAGGAGAGGUUGAGAGUUUACUGUUUACUGAGCACAUACUGGGGCUGGUUCCGUGCUCAGUGCUCUACAGAGAUUAUCUCUAAUUCUCCCAACUCUGCAAAGUAGGGAUCAUUCCCAUUUUAUAUAAUUAGACACUGAGGCUCAGAGAGGUUGUGACUUGCUUGAGGCACUGCUCUUAAGUGACAUUUCUGGAAUUCGAAACCAGAUAUUCUAGCCCUGAUGAUGCGUGCAUUUUUCCACGACAUCAUGCUUCUAGAAGGUUUAAGCCAAGGUUGACCUUCAGUAGGCAGAUGAGAUGGGAGAGCAGCCUAGUCAGAGGGAAGAGACUGCUUGGAGGCAUGAGGGACAGUGUAGGAAGGACAAACAAACCAGAAAGGCUGAAACAUGAGGUUGGGGUGAGGGGUGGGAUGUAUUAUACAGGAAACAAAACUGGAAAGAAAGUUUAGCUCCAAAUUAAGGAAGGCUUAGACUUUCAUAAUCAGGAGUUUGUCUCGGAGAAGUGAAACCACCUGGCUUCCAUUUAAGAGGCUAAUUUAGUGGCAGUGUGGAGGUGAAAUAAAGAGAAGGGGGGACACUGGGGACGGAAAAGCGGGCAGCCCAGCUAGAUGCCCAUCGCGGUCACAGAGGAGAGGAGAGGGAGACAAGAACAUUGAGAGCCAUUUUUAAGACAAAAGGCUGAGAAAGGAAGAACUUGAAGGUGCCCAAGAUUUUGAGUCUGAGUGGCAGGCGGGAUUGGAAUGAACUGAGAAGGUGGACACGGGAGGGGCAGGUUGGGAAGGGGCUAGAACCGCUGGACCCUGCUUUUGGAAUGCUGGAUCUGAAUGUGUUUAUAGCUCUUUUCAGACUGUUCAGUUAUCUGCAGAGUUUGAGGCACUGAGGACCCUCUGGAGGCAUCUGCUGGUUUCUGCUCAUGGAGACUCAUUUCCUCACAUGAUUUGUCAUUUUUUAUUGUGAGCUCAUCUUCAGUAGGAUUUGUUUUUCCUGUGUGACUCCCGUAUGCUCUGGGUUGUGACAGUUUUUACACAGAGUGGUUUCACAUUAGCGUCUACCAGGAUCCUGGAGGUUUCAAUUGUUUUAGACCAAAUAUUAUGUUAGUUUCUCUGCUUGGGGCUCACGGACCUCACAGGUAGUAGGAAUUUGAACUCUGUGCUCAUUCAUGGCACAGGCCCCAGGGAUUCAGUUUCUGACAGGCAACUGUUUUUCUUUGCACUCCCAAGAUAGACCGUUUGCUUUGGCAUGCCUGGCUGAGCUGGCGGGCAGAAUUUUCCAAUCCCCUUUUAAGAAAGGGAUGCCACUUCAAUGCUCUUGCUUUUCUGCUGAGCUCAGAUCAAAAUUUUCUCUCCUCCAAGCAAGAGUGAGGCCACAUCUCCUGUUCCCGUACAGGUGCUAUGACCGCAGCCUGGUCCCUAGAGCCUAAAUUUGGCUCCUCUAAGAUCCCCCUGGACUCCAGGCUUCACUCAACUGCUUCAGCUGUGGUUUCCCUCUUCAACUGGUUUCUGCCACUUGAGGAUUUCCUUUUUUUUUUUUGCUCAAGGGCAGCCUACAUUAAAACAAUUUUUUUUGAUUAUAGUUUACCCAACACUUAUGACUCCAUAGUGGAAAAGGGUCCCUCUGCCAUGUCACUAGGCAUCUGCCAGGGUCCCUGGGAGAGGCUGAGCCCACAGAGGUGGCCGGAGAGAGCAGACACAGGGCCCAGAGCCAGUGCCGGGGAGGAGGUGAGGAUAAUCCAUGGCACGCAGGCAGUGGCCCGGCUUUGCCCUCUCCGGUUCUUCCAUCCUUCCUUCUCCCAUUCCAGUAAUGUUGGCUCUGGAAGGAGGGUGAAAUCCCAUCCUCUUUCAGAAACUUCCCUGAAGACCAUGGGGUAGCUGGCCUUGCCUGCUGGGAGCAAGAGUGGCAACAGGACAAAGCUGGCCUGUAGGACUGGGAAUUCCACUCCCAUGGCCACUGCCAACUGAAGGGGAGGGCAGUCAGGGGCCAGGAGGGUAGCCUCAGCCCUUGCCUCCCCACCCAAGGCAAGCCAGAGCCCACCAGGGACAUGGUGGGGGCAGACGGAGGGGCUUCCCUCCUGCUCUUCUGCUCAGAGAGAAACAUACACAGAGGUACGUAUACAGGUGCUUAUAUCACAGAGCUACAGCACAGGGAAGCUUAGGAAAAAACAAAUCGUGCCUUCUGUUUUAUUUUGUUUUUUAAAAGGUGCUCUCCUUAUGAGAGGGGUAUUUUGCGUGUUCCAGUUCACCCACACCUUUCAGGUCCGUCAGCCUCCAUGAGCGGGAGUGAGGAGGUGCGCGAGCAGAUGUGGCUGAAAAGCACGUAUCUAUUUCCUCCUUAUAUAUAAAGGAAUCCGUUUUUUUCCUCCGCAACACUGUAUAGCGUGAGAUUUGUUCCACGUUGGAGAGCUGAUUACCCCUUUGAAUAUGGGUUGAGCUUCUCCCUUUCUGACUCAUUGAUUCUGAAGAUGUUUCUCCUUCCCCUCUUGGAUAGAAGCAAUCCUUUGGUGAAAGUAAGAACUGCAGGAGUUGGGUUUUAGUUUGGUCCUGCUGAGUUUUGGGUUUCAGCUGUCCAUCCUCACAGAUUUCCACACUCACCUCCUCCCGCUGGGGCUGGGGGCAGCUGUGUUCUUCAAAGUGGGCCAGGCCCCCAUCCUCAGCACAUGGUGAGCUGGGACCUUGCCUUCCUUCUCAUUCUCCAUGUUUUUUUUUUUUUAACUAAUUAAUUAAUUUAUUUUUGGCUGCACUGGGUCUUCAUUGCUGCACGCUGGCUUUCUCUAGUUGCGGCGAGCGGGGGCUGCUCUUCAUUGCGGAGCGUGGGCUUCUCACUGCGGUGGCUUCUCUUGUCGCGGAGCACGGGCUCUAGGCGUGCACGGGCUUCAGUAGUUGUGGCACAUGGGCGCAGUAGCUGUGGCUCCCAGGCUCUAGAGCACAGGCUCAGUAGUUGUGGCGCACGGGCCUAGUUGCUCCGCGGCAUGUGGGAUCUUCCCGGACCAGGGAUCGAACCCGUGUCCCCUGCACUGGCAGGCGGAUUCUUAACCACUGCGCCACCAGGGAAGUCCCCGUCCUCCAGGCAGAUUUUAGAAUGCAUGACACCUCAAGCAUCCUGGCUGCAACCUCAGGUGGUACGGUGAGGUCACCUCGCAAAAGACUCAUACUUUCCCCAGAACCCACCUGAUGCAACUCAACACCAGCGGGGUACUGCUCCCUUCCAGAAGCCCCAGGCCUGAAGACGGACAGAGGCAAGGCAGUCGAGCAAUGAGAUUGUCCAGGCUGUGCCUCUUGCCGCAGAGCCUGGGUCAAGAUGGGAGAGUCCCUGAGUGAGUGGGAGGUGGGGAUCCCAUUCCUGCCACUUCUUGGGCCUGAAAGGGCAAAUACAAAUGAAAAAUAAGAGGCUUAGCUCUCCCUGUUGAAAAUAAGGGAAGAUGCUUCUCCUUCCUCCCUCUUUUUGGAGCCUUCACUUGAGAAAACUUGUAAUUCUAAGUUCUUUUCUCUGUCUCUUUGAAAGGUAUGUAAAUUUUUUAAAAAGCUAACUCAGACUCCUGCCAGCUUUAGGACUGUCUUUCUCAAGGACCAGGGAGCCAUCCCUUUGAAAUGCCAUCAUCAAGGGAGAUAGGGCCCCUCUCCCAUCUCUGUGGGAGGGUGGGAGCCUUGCUCCUUGUUGCAAAACUACCUCCUGUCAUAAAGAUAGGAGAAGUUGGUUUUUCUUUAGGUUAAAGCCAAUUAGGUAACACAGAUGGUGACCCCAAUUACCAGGCGAAUCCAGGAAGAACUUGGUGUGACAAAUGGCACCUUCAUGUCCUGCGAGGUGAGGACUGGUUACUAUUGUGCAGGUAAGGGCCUGUGUCCGCCUGUCUGUACAAAAGGCUGAGAUUCCUCUCUGUCUUUGCAGUCUCUUAGCUGAUUGCCUGUGAUGCACAUCGCAUUCUGGUUUGAUGCUUAUUCAAUAAUAAAACUGUUUUCUUUCUCUCCUACCUUUGUGGAGAAGGUUUGCUGGGUUGGCAGAUUUGUUUUUAAUUCUCUU